AGUUCCUAUGUGGAGUAAACCACAUACUGUAAUGUCUUUGAGUAAACCUGUCAAUCCGAGGACUGCAGAAGUACUGUGUUGAUAAUCCGUCUGCUCUUCCCCUCUACAUAUCGAGCUGCUGACACAGUUCGUGACAUUGGACUAACGUUACCUGCUUGUUGGGAGUCGGUAAAUUGUUAUACUAGCUAGUUAUUACAUUUAGCGUUAGCCAACAGCUAGCUAGUUAGCAGCAGAAAGCGCACCAACUUCACAGUCAGUAAGAUUUUCCUAGAACACUGCCUAUGAGCUAGUUUUCAACAGUAACGUUAGCUACUUCUACACUGCAAAACCCAGGCCAGGCACAACGACGCAGAAACACACCACUCGACCUUUCUACCUCCUUGUAGUGCCCAGUGGAUGGACGCCGCCUUGUGGUGGAUAAUGGAAUUGGUGUGAAUUGCAUUCAAUGUAGACUCAUUGGGGAGAGACUGAUCUAUGACAGACAGCCCCGGGAUGGAGGCCCACAGCUCAAGCCGGUCCAGCCUAUCCAGGAAGAGGAGGAGAGAUGGGUCUAACGGAGAGACCGAGGAGGUAGAACGGCCAGGGAAAGUCCCAAGAUCCACCGUGGGUUUAAAAGAUCCCGCCCCCUAUGCUGAUGAGCUGGAGUCGGCUGAGGACACUCCAUACCUGCGAGUCAGUAUGGAUGAGGCCAAGAGGGGAACUCCAUUUGAUAGGCCAGUUCGGGUGUAUGCAGAUGGCAUCUUUGAUGUGUUCCACUCAGGCCAUGCCCGGGCCCUCAUGCAGGCCAAGGGCCUCUUUCCGAACACACACCUUAUUGUGGGCGUGUGUAGUGACGACCUGACACACAAGUUCAAGGGGUUCACGGUGAUGAACGAGGACGAGCGCUACGACGCAGUCAGCCACUGUCGCUACGUGGAUGAGGUCGUCAGGAACGCGCCCUGGACGCUUACGCCCGAGUUCCUCUCCAAGCACAGAAUCGACUUUGUUGCUCAUGACGACAUCCCAUAUACAUCAGCAGGCCAGGACGACGUUUACAAGCACAUCAAGGAGGCGGGCAUGUUUGCGCCUACCCAGCGGACGGAGGGAAUCUCCACCUCGGACAUCAUCACGCGCAUCGUCCGCGACUAUGAUGUGUACGUGCGACGCAACCUGCAACGCGGCUACACGGCCAAGGAGCUCAACGUCAGCUUCAUCAAUGAGAAGAAGUACCACCUGCAGGAACGUGUGGACAAGGUGAAGAGGAAGGUGAAAGAUGUGGAGGAGAAGAGUAAAGAGUUUGUGCAGAAGGUGGAGAACAAGAGCAUUGACCUCAUCCAGAAGUGGGAGGAGAAGUCCCGGGAGUUCAUUGGCAACUUUCUGCAGAUGUUCGGCCCUGAGGGAGCACUGAAGCACAUGUUGAAGGAGGGCAAAGGGCGCAUGCUGCAGGCCAUCAGCCCCAGCAGCAGCCCCACCCGCGAGCGUUCCCCCUCACCCUUCUUAAACAAGGCCUCACCUUCCCCUCCAUCCCACCACAAUGCAGCACGGGGAUACCACAUCAGCGAGGAUGAUGAGUCUGAUGAAGAUUAAGGCUCACUUUUAUUUAUUUUUCUUGGUCUGUUAAUCCCGCCCAUCAACAAUAUCAGCAUUCAACCCCUCCAAACAAAUCAGUAUGUCCACUUAUAUAUGUAUAGCAUUGUCUCUCACUUCAUUUGCUCUACCCAUUUAAUUUUUCUGCUCCCUUUUUCAAUUGAUGUCCAUUUCUUAUGGACUGUACUACUGUCAGUCCAAGGAGGGUUGAUGCAGUGUAGCGGUCACAUCUCUUAAUUUUAUUCAGUCAGUAACCAUUACCCUUCAUGUCACUUCAAUUUUAAUUUCACAUUAUCAAUUUCUCUGAUGCACCGUUCCUACUCAAGAUGUUAAUCUUAGCAAGGUGAUUUUAUCUUGUGGAAUUGGUGUUUGGUGCACUGUUGAAUUCCUUCUCAGAGUUGAGUCUUUGCAAUGUAGGAACCAUCAGUCCCAUGCUCUCCCCUCAAAGUGUUAUUGUGCAUGUGUGUAAACUGCUAGUUGUGUAGGCAUGUCAAUGUCCUCCAUCCAUGGACUGACCUGGAUUCAGCUUGACUGUUUUUGCACAUUGUAAUAAUGCUUAGUUGGUUUUGAUGGUCAGUCUUUGGACAGUGGAUUUUAAAGAAUAGUGCCCAGCGUUUGAACUCCAGAACUAGAUCUUGUUCAGUAGGGCUCAAGAACUUAUUUUCAGGGGGUUCCUGUUUUUUGGGGUUUGACAAUGUGCCCAAUAACAAGACUUCAUUUUAAAAACGACUGGGGAAUACAAUUGUCCCAUCUCUCCCUCCUGUAGUUGGGCAUUGCUUGUUUUUGGCUGUUGGCCCAUCCCAUACUGGGCUUAGUCUCCAUGGUGGCAAAGCAGGAUUUUAAAAAAUGUAUUCCCUAUACAGUAGGCUAGCUGAAAUAUGGGAUUACUUUAAGCAUAGUAUUAGAUUUAAGAAUCAGUCCAUUAAAACUGCUUCUCAUUAGGGGCAUGGGCUAUAGAUCACUUGGUGGCAAGACUUGUCUAACUAUAUACAUGGAAACAAGAACAUUGUUUUAACCAUUGUUUGUGUUGAAUUUGUAGGGCUAAGAGAAACCAGUAGAACAUAAAUGGAAUUUUUUUAAAUUUA